CCCUUACCGUGGGUGUGGAAAUUGAAGAGUUCCCUAGCGCUGCCACCAUCACAUUUCUGCUUAGUCAUUCUCACUGUAUGUUUUGUUUGCCAAAGUGAUGACUGUAUGGGUUAUUUCAGUUAUUUAUUUUGUCGCAAACAGCCUACACCCUUGGAUAAGAUAAGACGAGUUCAGCUUGGUUUGGUUCUUUUGGUGCUGCCGUCGGUAGAAAAGGUCGCCGAAGUCUUGGGUCCAUCUGCACAGUGACAGACUGCAGCAUCAUCGUGAUACCGCGUGACAGUGGCUUGGGAUGCACGCGCGAACGACGCUUUGGUUGAAAAAUAAGGCGACCGGCUGUUUUGUACAGAGAUACGGUUCACGUUUCGUUUUCUCUGGGACCAGUGCAUUGUCUGGCAGGAAAACAGAUAUGAGUCAAGGCCAGGGUCAAGAUCCUACAGGUCAGGACCAAGAUCAGGUCACUGGGAUGGUGUGUCUGGAGUCUGACCUGCAAGAUGGACAGAUGAAGGAGGUGGAGGUGGAUGAGCAGAAGAUUCUAUUGGUCCGUACCCAGGGCCUGUAUAGUGCUGUAGGGAGCAAAUGUUCCCACUAUGGCGCUCCUCUCAUCAAAGGAGCCUUAGUCGGGGACAGAGUGAGAUGUCCCUUUCAUGGUGCGUGCUUCAACAUCAAGACUGGAGAUAUUGAGGAGUAUCCUGGCCUGGACUGUUUGCCUAGUUAUAAGGUCAAAGUUGAAGAUGGUAAAGUUUAUGUGUCAGUAAACAAAAAGUCUUUGAAGCUGUACAAGCGGGUGAAGGAUAUGAGCUGCAGAGUGUCAGGGGUCAGGCACACCAUCCUGCUGAUAGGAGGAGGACCUGCCUCUUUGCUGUGUGCCGAGACUCUGCGACAGAACCGCUACGAAGGUCGAAUCGUCAUGGUGACCAGGGACACCCUGCCACCAAUUGACAAGCCCAAGCUCAGUAAGGCAAUGCAUUUGGAGAGUGUUAGCCUCCUCCUUCGGCCAACUGACUUCUUCCAGCAGCAUGACAUAGAGCUGUGGAUGCAAAAGGAGGCAGUAUCUGUGAACCCAGUGGAGAAGACAGUGAAGCUGAAUGACGGCUCCUUGCAUUACUAUGACCAGCUGCUCAUAUCAACAGGCUGCAGGGCGAGGCCUCUGAGCUGUCCUGGCUCUGAGUUGGAGGGAGUGAGGAUACUGCAGAGCUACGAGGACGCCAAGGAGAUCCACCAAUCCUGUGUGGGAAAGAAGGCUGUGGUCGUUGGAGCCUCCUUCAUAGGUAUGGAGGUGGCAUCCUACUUGGCAGACAAAGCUGCCAGUGUGGCGAUGGUUGGCAACGGCUCAUAUCCCUUUGAGAGGUCCCUGGGCCCAGAGAUUGGGAAGAUGACAAUGCAGAUGUUGGAGGAGAGCAAAGUCAAGUUCUACAUGAACGACGGAGUGGUGGAGAUCAUAGGGGAGAAUGGCAAGGUGAAAGAGGUUGUUCUGAAAAGCGGUGCGGUUGUGGAAACGGAUGUGGUGAUAGCAGGGAUCGGUGUCAUCCCUAACUCUGACUUCCUGAAGGAAAGCCAGGUGGAGGUGGAUUCUAGAAAGGCUGUCAUCAUUGAUAAGUUCAUGAGAACCAACAUUCCAAAUGUUUUUGGAGCAGGAGACGUGACGUCCUUCCCUCUCACCAUACGGAAAGACCAGAGGGUCAAUAUUGGACAUUGGCAGUUGGCAUCAGCUCACGGAAGGGUUGCAGCACUGAAUAUGUUACAGAAGCAGAUUAAGAUCGAUUCUGUUCCUUUCUUCUGGACAGUGCUGCUAGGGAAGAGUGUCCGCUACACAGGCUACGGUGAAGGAUACACAGAGAUCAUAUUCAAGGGCAAAGUUGAGGAGAGGAAGUUCCUAGCUUUCUAUAUCAAGGAUGAUCAGGUGGUGGCAGCAGCCAGUCUGAUGUUUGACCCUGCUGUCGCUCGACUGGCAGAGAUGAUGUCAAACGGAUUAGUCAUAACCAAGGCACAGGCACAGUCUGAUGACCUCAGUUGGUUGCAAAUGUAAACCUCCUCUUCCUGCAACACUCCAUGGUCAAUGCCCGUCGACGGUACCUCCUUUAACCCUCAAAUCAAUAUAUAUAUAAAACAUUUUCUUACUCUUCUCUCUGUUUCCUUAUCACUCUUUAUUCUUUCCCCACUUGCCAAAGUCAAUUUUUCCAUUAAAACCAAACCAAAGGCCAUUCAGAUCUGUCCAAGGCACUGUAACCAUGGUUACAGACGACUUUGAUUCCAUUCUUGUUCCCUGGCCUGUGUGCCCUUUGAUGACACAUCAAAUUAGCAAGAACAACUCUGUAAUAUACAGUGAGUGGGAACAGCAUAAUAAAAUUAACUCAAAUGGCAACAAUUCAGACUUUAUUGAAGGCUUUGAGAUGUAGAGACUAGACCGUAGCUGUUACAACAGACAGAGAGAGAUGGACAAGGGAUUAAAUGAAAUUAAUAACUACGACAGUAAUCUGCUAGUUCGUUAAACAUGGUACUGUUACUGUACAAUAAAAAGCCAAUUGGUCUCAGGAAUAUGUUUGCUGAUCGAAAACUACUGGGCGUUCUGUGUGAUCUGUAGUUUUUUAAAUCUUCUUAGGAAUAAAAGGACUAUUCUAUGA